AUGUCACCUCAUCGGUCCAUUACGCGCAAAUGGAUGCCUGGGUCGAAGAAGGCAAAGAAACGCAUCACGAUGGCGUUCACCACGAACGCAGCCGGCAUCCACACAACCCACCACUCGUUCAUCGGCACGGCAGCAAAACUUAAUUGUUUUGGCGGUCAAACGCCGGCGGAGAUUGGGUUUGAUUACCAUGGACGUCAAAAUGGCAAAACAGGGACGACAAGUCCUAUGCUUGUCGACAGUGCCCCGCCGCACCUGGCCAAGUACAAGCAGCGCCAGUUUCAAAAUGCGUUGGAGCAAAUCAACGAGGUUGUUGCUCGUCGAUAA